GGAAGCUCUUCAGAGACACUCUGCGAGGCUUCCACUCAGCCUAUUUUCAGUCCGGUUGGAAUAAAGAAAGAUAUAAUUUAGUUAUAGCUCAGAGCACAAACACGCAGAGACUCGACACAGCUGUUUUUUUCCCCACCGCGUCACUGUGUCCACUUUAGCGCGCGCUUUGACUACAUCCCGCAACGCCACCCCGGUAACUAUAGUAACCCCUGGUGGCGCAUUGAUACAGGUCUACUGCUGAAUAGGGCAGUGUGCGGUGUGGCACGUAACUCCCGCGCUUGUGAUAGGCCAGCGGGGGAGACUGACGGCACCUGCUCAUCUCCUUCCUCAAACACUGGAGGUUUAGCGGAUAGAGAGAGCAUCCAUCCUCUGCAGCUCCACGGUUACGCGUGUGUGUAAUGCAGCGCUUGGGUAGUCGCCUCUAGCUGCCUGCUACGGUUAUGCUGCUGGAAUCCGAAGGCGCACUGAAAGCAAGCUUGUGCAUUUUCAGACAGCUUUAUUAGCACUACCAGACAUGUCUGUGAAACUGGCUGCAGUAGUAGUGCUUGUGGUGAUUGUACAGAGCAGAGUGGACGCGACGGAGUCCGCCGACGCUCAUGACACCUCCUCCCAGGAGAGGCCCCUUCACGUUCAGAAGAGGAGAUUAUCCCUGCAGGACACAGUGGAGAUCCAGCAGUGUUUGCUGAGCGCUGGAGAUGUCGGCUGCGGCACAUUUGAGUGCUUCACUAACAACUCGUGCGAGAUUCGCGGACUGCACGACAUUUGCAUGAGCUUCCUGCACAACGCCGGCAGAUUCGACUCGCAGGGCAAAUCAUUCAUCAAGGAUGCACUGAAGUGCAUGGCACAUGGGUUACGUCACAAGUUCAGCUGUGUCAGUCGCAAGUGUGUUUCCGUGAAGGAGAUGGUGUUUCAGCUGCAGCGUGAGUGCUACAACAAACACAACCUCUGCUCAGUGGUCAGGGAGAACGUCAACGUCAUGAUGGAGAUGAUCCACUUCCAGGACCUCUUUCCCAAAGGGCCUCAUGUGGAACUGGUGAACAUCCUGCUGGGCUGUGGUGAGGGGGUGCGUGUCGCCAUUACCCCGCCGUAUUCAUGCCCAGUGUGAGCAGAACUGGGGCGCCCUCUGUGCCAGCCUGAGCCUCUGCCUGCCAGGCCACACCAGGAUCCAGACUGUGCCCACCCUCACUCCUGUGCCUGCUAUCAGCAGUGCUAACUUCCUGCCUCCUGCUGGCCCUCCUCUCCCACAGCCUG